AUGAAAAAGGACAACCAAUCCUGUUUGAACAAGAUUGUCCUUCUAGGCUUCUCAGAUUUCCAGUCCAUGCAAGAGCUUCUCUUUUGCCUGGUUCUAAUGUUCUACUUGAUGACUUUGAUGGGCAAUAGCCUGAUUUUGAUCCUCAUCACUCUCAAUCCUAUCCUCCACACCCCAAUGUAUUUCUUCUGGAACUUGUCCUUUUUGGAAAUUGGCUACACCUCCACCAUCACCCCAAGAAUGCUAGUGAAUUUGUUAUUAGACAAUCACUUUUGGGGCUGUGGGUGUCAAAUGUGUUUCUUCAUACUCUUUGCUCUCGCUGAAUGUUGUCUUCUUUGUGUCAUGUCAUACGACUGCUAUGUUGCCAUUUGCAAACCCUUGCAAUACCCGUAUAUCAUGAAAUACAGGAAAUGUGCUAAGCUGGCUGCUCUGUCAUGGGCCAUUGGUGCUUUUGUGAGUUUGGGACAAUCUAUUUCCAUCUUCAUCCUUCACUUUUGUGGAUCAAACGGAAUCAGCCAUUUUUUCUGUGACAUUAAGCAUGUUCUAAAAUUGGCUUCCACAGACACCUAUAAGGAUGAACUCGCCAUUGCCGUACUAACUGCCUUAAUUAUCUUGACACCCCUUUUGCCACCUUUUUCCUACAUCCUCGUCAUUUCCACUAUUUUCACAAUGCUGGCCAAGGACAGACGCAAAUCAUUUUCCACUUGUUCCUCACAUCUCACCGGAUUGAUGAAGUUUCCCUUCAAGGCCAAUUGUUUCUAA